AUGACCGGAGACAAGGCCAUUACCAUACCCCAAUCCCCAGGAAUUAGCAGCGUUUUGGGACUCGAGGUAUCAAGACAUGUGGCAGAGCUAGGACCUGGCUGCCAGAAGCCAUGGAAGGCAGACUCAGCCAUGGCUCUGCUGCCCAGUGAGGACCAGGCUCCAGUCCCCAUCCCUGAAGAACUACUCACGCCCUUACCAGAGGGACUGAUAGUGCUGCAGGCCAUGGAGCCAUGGGCCUGGCUCACUGUCCUCUAGCUGUUACAUCUCCUGGGUAAUGUUCAGGCUGGGGUGUCUGUGCUAAGCCACGCAGGCUCAAGUAGUGUGGGCACAGCUGAGACCCAGCUGGCCAUGAGGGCUGGCACCAUUCCUGUCAUAGCUGGCUCCCAGCACAAACUUCAAAAGGCAGAAAAUCUUGGAGGAGCAGCUGCUGGAUUCCAUUACAAAGAAGAGGGUUUUUCUGAUGCAACACUAAAAUUCAGCAAAGGUGCUGGAAUGAACCUAAUUCGAGAUUGCAUAGGUGGAGCCUACUGGGAGAAGAAGGUCAACUGCCUGGCUCUUGACUGCCCCUGGGUUCUCUAAGGUCUGAUGGGUGGAGCUGGUGUCAGUGGGUCUCUGCUUUGAAAACGACUUUUUAAACGAGGAAGCCGCAUCACCAAUCUGCUGAGAUCCAGGGACAAAAAGGUGAAUCUUAAGUGA